UGCCUGUGGAGGUCAAAGGAAAGCUAAAAGUUGGAAAAAGUAAGACGACGAGACGGAGCAACGGCAACAAGCAGCAUGUACGUUGGCACAUGCGCACUAAAUUCUUUAGUUAAUCUGAGAAUAGUUUUCCCAGACAUCCCCAACAUCUAUCAUUUAAAUACCAAAUUUUAGGGAUCAUCCAAAAAGAGCUUAGUGUGUGUUAUCAUAUUCUGACCUCCUCUUUCACACACACAUACCAACAUCCUGUGGGUCACUCAGUGUAGGAGAAGAGUGGCAGAGAUGAAGAGGUCAGAGAUGUGGUGUAGGGGGAGCUGUGAGAAGUAGGCCGUGUGCACUACAGUUUUGUCGUUAUGCUGUAACCCCAUCGCUAUACAAGAACAUCAAUACUGGACGAUUCUUCAAAACUCAGGGUUAUGUGAGACUGUUCUCAGAAGAACUCCCUGGAGUGAAUGUCUGCAUCCCAUAUUUACUUCCUUUGUUUUGUUUUUGUUUCCUCGCUACUUCCUCAUUGUGGGUAUUAAUACAGAUUGUGGCCUAUUGCUAGUUUGCACUAAUGUUUGCCAUUCAACCCAUUUUUGGGCAAGUAACGUAUUAUCAUUGUCUUUUUCUGUUUUUGCAAUUUACUUUUCUUUUCUAUGUAGUAGUUUCUAUGAUAAUUGUCACCUUUUUGGAUAAUUUACACGAUUCACGUAAUACAUUUUGUUUAAUAUUUCUGAUGUCACAGACUCAACAUGUUCUGUUACAAUACAUUUUUACUAUGUGUUUUUUUCUAUUUUGUCUCUGUCUGAUAUUCCUUAUAAGGGUGUAUUAUUCAGUGUUAUCCAGCUCUGCACUGAUUGGUCCACUCUAGGAGUAGACUGACUCUUGAUCAUGCAGAUCACAAACAGCUGAAGCGUGUUUUUGUCUUUAUAUAUUGCUUGUAGUAUUUUUACAUCAGCCUGUUACAACUUGACCGCAAGUAAAGGAUGUGGAUACUUCCUCCACCGCUGCUGCUCAUGGACACAUUAUGGUGAUGAUAGAGGUGUUUGGUACAGUGCAUCUCUUUCUGUGUCAAUGCAAACUCUCUUACUCUCCCUCUCACUUACACACACACACACACACACAGAUGGCGGGAGAGAGCAGUAGCCUACAGGAGAGUGAAGCAUGCAGAACAGCACAAUAACCCCUCCACCAGCACCACCACCACCAGCACCACCACCAACAGUGUUCCUCUGAAGCACGUCAGAGGCAGCUGUGAAUCGAGGUGCACAGCGGGGUGAAGAAAACACUUCUUGGGGACACAGCUAGGAGACAGUGCCGGUCUCCUGACUCAGGACUUACACCCCCACACACACACACACACACACACACACACAUAUAUCCCAGAAAGCUUCAAGUCCACCGCGCGCUGCAGGGAAACCAUCAGAUAGCUUGUCGCCUCCUGUCAAUGUGACCAUCAAAGCGGUGAAAGCAAACUCUGCUGUGGUGACAUGGGACAUCCCCGAGGGAGACCCCGUCAUUGGCUUUGCCAUCACACAGCAGGACACUUCUAAACAUCAUUUUUGCCACAAUGUCACUACAGAAGGCCUCUUGAGCAGCCCAAGUGCCCAUAUAUGCACCACUGAGUGGCCCAAGCAUCCCUCAGUUCGCUAAAUUGGCAUUCAAGAAAGACGUGCGCAUGCUGCGAUUUAUCCAGGAAGUCAACACCACCACACGCUCCUGUGCAUUAUGGGACUUGGAGGAAGAGACAGACUACAUUGUGCAUGUCCAGUCCAUCAGCAUGUCUGGGACAAGCCCGCUGAGCGAACCCCUGCGCUUCCGGACGCCGAAGGAGGCCGAGACUCAGGCCUCUAAGGGUAAAGACGAAGUGACGAUGGAGGAAGUGGGCCAGACCACCCAGCUGAGGGCAGGGGAGCUCAUCAUCAUCGUGGUGGUACUUAUCAUGUGGGCAGGUGUGAUCGCUCUCUUCUGUCGCCAGUACGACAUAAUCAAAGACAACGAGCCCAACAACAAUAAGGACAAAGCCAAAAACUCCUCAGAGUGCAGCACUCCUGAACAUCCGACGGGGGGGCUGUUGCGCAGUAAGUUCCCCAAGAACAACAACAAUAGGAUGCCAUCUGUCAACAUCAUUGAGGUGUGACUGCCAGGACGUCUUCUCUUUAUCCAAAAGACUUUGUGUUCUCACAAACAAGCGGGCCCCUUUUAAGCCCAUCUGCUUGUUAGGAUGAGGCUGGGACUCUGGGCCCCUCGGUGGCGCUUACUCUCCUUUGGCACGGGGCCUGGCGCUUAAGCGAACUUGAAGGACUCCAGGGGUCAGGCACGGCCUGGCUGGUGCCGGUCUGAGAGCAGAGUCGGAGGAGGAGUGACCGUGGCGAGAGUUCGGUGGCUGCACCGUGAUCAGUACCAUGGGGCAGCAGAGAUUAGGGCCAAAUGGCUCCGGCUGUGGAGAGACUGCAGACAAACCAACCCCAGGGACCAAAGCCCAUGAACAGACCUUUUCAUUCUCUGUCUCUCCCUCUGUCAGCUCUUUCUGCUCGCCACCUUUAAGUGCAUCAACGACCAUAAACCUGGACAUUUCCCAUUCCUGGGGGGCACUGAGAUGCAUCCACUUUGUUUGAAAUCAUCCCCUGUACUUUAAUCUCAUCUUCUACACAGUAUGUAUUCACAACAUCCUGUUUUCUACGCGUUCUUAAUUGAAGGUAAACACUGUAGAUCAUUCAAGUGUAUCCCUGUAGUUUUACUUAUUUGACUCUUAACAAGGUGCCACCAGAACAGUCCUGUUGUUCUGGUAUCCGAAACUCUUCGAUGUCCUGUGGGAAAUGUUUUCAUUCUGGCGAGCUCGUUUUCCCCCCUCAGGGAAUCCAAACUCCACCUGGCUAAUUUAGGAAUCCAUUUCUUAGAUGUGCUGUGAUGACGCCAGAGGAGCUUUAGAGGAAUCACUCCAGGGCUCACCACCAGAGCUGAAUCACACAGUCUUGUCGGCAAAGACGAAACUCAAAUUGAAAGGCAUCUUCUGAUGUGAACACAUAUAUACAGUAAGGUCCGUAACAGGCCAGGUUUGGCAUCAUCUUGGUCCCAUUUGUCCUCUAACUUGCUUUUUUUUUUUUUAGAUUUCUGAAAUUUUACAUUCCACAUACAGUAUGAGCCCUUUAGAAGUUCCUUGUGUCUUUCUCUUUGAGGGUAAUGAAUUUCAAACCAUUCUGGGGAGGAAAAACAACAGUGCAUUCAUCUAAUUAAUGAACUUUAAAAGGGACUGGACUCUGUGGAUGUCUCCGGAGAAGUGGACUUGCCAUGUAGAGACGCUGAAGAGAUCCCUAAUAUCAGCAAUAACGGCCUUCGGAGAAGCACGGAAGCAAGGACUCAAACUCUAUAGCCUCUUCAUCCAAGGUUUCCCAGCAUGCAAUGUUCACACAGAUGAACAAACUGCACAUUGAAUACGAGGGAAUUAAUCCUGAGCCUCAUUUGCAGGUGAUCCCUCUCCUGAACUAUCAGAGAAAAGUAUUUCAGCGCUGUUGUAAAAACUUGUAAAAAGUUUCUGAUGAAGAGCAUGGGGGAAAAAAAACUUUUUAUGAACCCAGCCUUCAACCCUGAGACAUCCUUAUGACAUCCUGAACAGAAGGGCUUCUAUCAAGACGUUUUUCACAAAUCAAAGUCAACAUUUGUGUUGAAACUCCAUGUUGAAGAGGCUAAAAACAAGGAUGAGGGAUCAACUGUCGCCAUACGGUACUGUGCACUGUAUACUGUAAGGGAACUUGUUUUAAAGAAAGCAAAUGGUGUAUUUGAGGGCUGAUUCAAACUCAGUAGUGCUGCCUUAAAAAUAGUUAUAUAUUAUGAUUUAUUUAAUAAGAUGGAAGGCCCUGUAUCUCACUUUUGUGUCAUAUUCAUUAGCUUUCACAUGAUAUUUAAAUGUGUGUGCAAAGUAAAAGGAAACAUUAGCUGAGGUAAGUUUUAAAAUCUGGAAGAACUGGUUGGCAUUUAAUGUGUAAAUACAUUUUAUAUUUCAUUCUUGUUUGUUGGUGUCAGUUUAGAGAGCCUUUAAUGAAAUAUGACACGACUAAUGUGGAAAAUGUAUAGACUCCUAAUGUAAAGGGGUACUGCUAAUGGUGAAAAUGUAGGCGAUUUCUUUAUGUUAAUACACCGCUGUUAAAGUCCUGUCAUUAAUGAGCCUUUUCAUAACUCUCCUCUAUUAUGUAUUUAUAUUACAUUAUGUCAUUGUGCUGUUUAUGUGUAAUAAGAAAAGACUCUUUCUUAUGAGGGAAAUUUAUGAAAAGUGCUGGAUGCUUUGAAUAAUCAUCCAAACAUAAGAGCCAUUUAGCAGCAUGAUAAACACGUCGGCUCCUCUUGUUCUGCACGGACUCCAUCUCAGUCUGCGAUAGUCAUUCAUUGUAAACUCAGACGAAUACAUGUGUGGACACAAACACAAGAGGUCACAGCUCCCCCAGCCUCGAGUGCAGUGGAAGAGAGAGACACACUAAAGGCGGUUAAGAGAGAGCAAUGAAGGUUGCGGUUGAGCAGAGUGGGUAGAAUGAUGAGUAAUGCAAUGGUAGGAUUCUAUCACUCCCUCUCUUAAGAAGAGUGGAAAAGCUCAAGGUUGCGCUCCUCCAAUAAGCACUGAAUCAUGUCAGAGGAAGGAGCGGGUUUAAGGUAAAGUCACAGAGAGGGGAAAAGCGACUGAUUAACACGGACGUUAAGCGGUUGCAGGACAAACUUGGUGAAGCCUUGAAACUGUGUGCUGCUGCGUUACCCAGAGUGAUCAGCGCUUCACCGAAAACUUCUGCGGCUAAAGGUUGAAUCCAUUUUUCCCCAGGAACACUACACCGGUAGCUGGCUCUCUAAUCGAUAGGCAUUCAUCCACGCAGUAACGGAUAAUGAUGAUUGUCUCCCUGGAUGAUUUCUUUGAACUAGGGCCAUGUCUUAAGUUAAGUUUGCCAACAAUAUAUUUCUCAACGGCAUUCCCUGCAGGCAUUUCUUUUAUUUACGUUCCUUCUCCUCCAUUGCUUAAAUGAGUUCAGCUAGCUACAUAAGAGAUUUACUUUUAAAGCUGUCACAGCAGUUUGACUGAAUAAAGUUCUUUCAAAACUGAGUGUAUCAUCAAAUCCAAAAUAUGAUACACUGCUAGGUUGCCAUUGUAAAUACUGUAUUCCUUAUUACUGAUUUAAAUGUAGGGCUAUUGUAAACAUCAACUUUUGUGGCAGGUUAAUUUUACUGUUAAUCGUUUAGACAUUUUGGAAAAUUUGUUUAUUCGCUUUCUUGUAGAGUUAGUUGAGAAGACUGAGCGUAUUUCCCAAAAUGUCAAACUGUUCCUUUAAGGAUCUGAACAUAAGCGAUGUGUUUGAGUGAGUUCUCCUACACAGAGAUGAUAAUCCAGCAGCCUCAGUUGGAUGGUAAACAGCUGUGGAAUAUUAUUUGAUUUUACAUAGAAGUGGGUUUGACCAUGUUAAAUAACUACAGAGAUCUUAAAUGUUGGGUGAAUUAUUGGAAGACAGCUGGGUAUCUAAUUAGUGUCCACACAUUUCAUACCGGGGCCCCGUUCUUCAUACUUGGAUAACCGAGUUAUCCAAAUCAGAAUGUUGACAAUUUGACUUGAGUCUGGAUUAUUUGGUUCUUCGAAGCUGGUUUAAAAUUCAUCUGGACCUGUUGUCAGAGCAACCAGUCCUUAAACCCAGACCUGUAAAAGUUCAGGCUUGUUGAUAGUUUUUAUGGUGAACCUCAUACAUGAAGUAAUUUUCAAAUACAAAUGGCGCCAGGAGCCAGAACAUGAGGCAUUUAAUUUGAAAUUAAAAUGUGUCAUUUGAACACUGAAACUUAUUAAAUGAUUAACUGCAGAACUCACUUUACUUAAAUUGUUAAUGCAAUUAAAGCUGCUUUUUAAAGAGAUUUUAAUAAAGUUUCAUUUUCACAGCAGGCUUAUGAUUAUCACUUAAAGUCUCAAUCGGGGAGAAAACUGGACCUAACUGGUCCUACUGCUAAAGAAACAAACUGAUCAUUUAUAAUAAUGACAAUCUAAAAUAGUGUUUCUGGUUAAGCUGUAAGCUGACUGUAAGAACUCAACAUUCCUCUUCCGCCCUUCUGGUGGCAAACCGCUCUUAACACACUGAGGACUUUCUUUUAGUGUGAGGCCCACAGUGUUUUCUCAUGCUAUGUAUGAUACAAUGCCUGAAAAAUACUGUAUUCAUGGACUAUUUUGCAGCAAAAAAAAAAACAGGGCAGUAAAGAGACACUGGAUUUUUCAAAACAACUUAGACAAUGUGUAUUUUGUAUAAGACUAGAAACAUGCCUGGAAACUGAAACAUUACAGAGAAGUUGGACUAUUUCAUUAUGGGUUCUUGAAAUAUAGGAAUGAGAUCCACAAAGAAGCAUGGUUUUGAAAAAUUAACUGCUUUAUUAGUGUUAUGUUUAUAUUCAUUGUAUGAAGUGUCAUUGUUUAAUGAGGGCUAGCAUGGUUUAACUAUUAUGCACAAGGUUACACAACUUCAAUUAUGAAGAAUACAGUGUAUGCUUAAAUAAAAUUAAAAUAUCUAAUAUUUUCCACA